ACAAACAAUACACCUUGAUAAUAGCGUGCUAUACUUUUGCAUAUUGAUUGAUAUAAAGCAGUAAUAUUUAAAAUUCUUAGGGAACGGUACGUGUGUUUCAUUCACGGUUUCAUAAACAUGUUCGCAGCUUAUAGCUUCCGCAAGUACAGAAUUGUUUACUGCCUCUUAUUGAAGCACGUGCGAAGGUUGCGAAAAUUUAAAGUAAAAUGCAAAAAUUUGUUCGUUAUGAAGAACACAUACUUAGAAAUCGCGUAACAUAAUACGUAUAAUCGUUAAUCUGAUCAUAAACCGGAAAAGGAAUUGUUUUUAAUGAACAUAUGUAUAUUAAGAACGCGAGAUCGUGGCUACAAUUUAAUUGUAUUAAAAAUUUAGGAUAUCAUCAUGUAUUCAGGAAUGAUAAUCUGGAUUUCCACCGUUGCUUAUUUAUUUUGCAGUUUGAAAAGCUGCUAUAGUCUGGAUUGCAAUGGCGCUAAAAUAGUGACUUAUGGUGAACCUUGUGUUACGGCUCGCCGACUCCCUUUUCAGAUUCAGGGACCUAAACCGUGUUCCAAAGAGGAAAAGGCACCUGUGUCGUUGAAUUUUAAAGUAAUUACCGAUACGUAUACUCAGCCUCGUCAUAUUGAAUAUCCAAUUUCAGUCGACAUGCCGACUACUACCUCAUCACCAUCAGGAAAGCUUUGCAUGGAAGAUACUUUACGUGGAGAAGUUUAUGCGUACAAUACUUACGUUCCGCCCGCUGUUAAUCCUUCACUACCUUCAAAGAAUUAUAACUUUCAAGUUGAAAAUCCAAUUACAACAAACGACGUUACAUCUGACGAUGAAUGCGAAACCAAAGUUAAACGACUGAAAGGACUUCAAUCCCGAAUUGACCGAAUACUCGUUCCUGCGUGUGAAGUUUCAUCGUUGUCAUGUUCAUAAAUUUUGAUACCAUGAAAUUAAUAUAAAACAGAUAAAGUAAUGUAAUAAAAUACAAUAACAACACUAAGGUAUAAAAGCGUUAAAAUAAAUUUGACAUGAUAAAUUAUGUUUUUCCUUAUCCA